AUGGAGUUCAUCACAACGAUGACUGUUAAAGACUUGCAAGAUGGGAACGGUUCUGGAGUGAACAACCAAGACUUGGCGGUGCAAGCGCCUGCAGCUGAGGCGCUUCAAGAGAAUCCAAACCUGCCACUAGCGACUGUGAAGAGGUUGAUGAGGAAGGGUCUUCCGUUGCAUGCAAAAGUUACGGAGGAAUCGAAGGAAACGAUGUUGGAGUGUGUGACUGAGUUCAUUGGGUUCAUCACAAGUGAAGCUAACCACCAAUGCCAGCUCGAGCAUCGCAGAACGGUUUCGGGUGAAGAUCUGAUUCGUGCUUUGAAAACGUUAGGUUUCAACAACUAUGCUGUGGUUCUCUCCCUUUACCUUGAACGCUUACGUCAAAAUGACGCUGCUGCGCGCUUCCCCAGUCGCGUGCCACCGCCGCCACCACCUUCUUUUGCUACCGGUUUCCCUGUGAUCCCUGCACCUUUCCAAACUUUUCCUGAGACAUUGGAGAUGGGUGGGUUUUACAAUGGUGGCUCGGGUGGGUUUUACAAUGGUGUCUCAGGUGGAAGUGGCUCCGGCAAUGCUACUAUGGCCAACUUUUGUUAUGACCCUUUUGCUUAA